AUGGCGGGAUUUGAGAAAAAGCAGGGAACUCGUCGCAAACCGCUUAGGCCUUUGGUUGCAGGUGCCUCCAACAAGAUGAAGACGGCUCAAAUGAUGGCAUCCAAACGCCAAGUAGCUAAGACUGGUAGUCGUCAAGGUGAUAAUUCCAAGCAGGGGGAAGAGAAGGGUUCUUUAAACCCAAAACAAGGUCCUGCAAAAAACUGA